UUUGGUUAUGAAACAAAAUCGAAUCUGUUGGAUUGAUGUUAUGAUAAUUAUUAUAUAAGAUUAUAAUGUCGCGGAAAUACUAUACAGAUGAAGAAUUGAGGAGACUUUUGGAAGAUGAAUUGGACCUUUCUAGUGAUGAAGAUCUUGAAAAUGAUGAAGAUAUUGCAGAUAAUUUUGAAGAAGAGGUGAAUGCUGCUGAUGUUGAAGAUCCAGAUCCAGAUGGAUAUCCCAACAAUAUUAUUGCAGAUGAUUUUGAAGACGUGAAUGCUGCUGCUCAUGUUGAAGAUCCAGAUCCAAAUAAAUAUUCCAACAAUGAAUUUGAGGAAGAUGAAAACACUGAUGUAAGACAAGAUAUCCAGGAUAUGCCGCACAUUGGCAAGAGAACAUACCCCAUGACCCAACCAUAA